CCCGACUCGUGCGAGAUCCCGACCGACACGCCCGAAUGGUCAAUCCACGGCCUAUGGCCCAACUUCAGAAACGGAUCCUAUCCACAGUUCUGUGACGGUUCGCCUCGGAAAUUUGACAGCAAACUGAUCGAAUCGAUUGAACAAACUCUUCUCAAAAUGUGGCCGAAUCUGUAUCCAGCGAAAACCGCCCACUCAUUUUGGAAGCAUGAGUGGGAAAAGCACGGAACGUGCGCCCAGAAUCACCAUAACCUGUCGUCUGAGCUGCUUUACUUUAACACG